AAAUGUCGAUUGCUGUAGUUUACAAUUUUUAGACACCAGUAGUUGGUUUAAUAUUUAGGUCAAAUUUUUUGGAAUCUCCUCUUCUGGGCUAAAAAACAUGCUGCAGUUAUUAAGUCUUAUCAAAAACCCACGUCUGACGUACCAAGCAAUUCCAUCAUUAUCCAAUGCGCGCUAUCGGUUUAUGUCUGAUAAAACCAAGAAGCCAGCCGACUCCGAUAAAUGCGAAAAAAAAGCGGAAGUAAAGAAGCCCGAUUGCAAAAGCGAACCGAAAGCUGGUAGCGAACCGAAGAAGAGUGAAUGCAAGAAGGACGCACCACCCAGGAAGGAUGAAACUGCGAUUAGUGGCGGUGCCCAGUGCAAAUCCAAAAAGAAACCCCCGCCUUGCCCACCACCGCCAAAGGAGAAAAAACAGAAACAGUUGAGCUGCGAAGAGUUGGUACUCAAGCGUGAAGGAUUGCAGAAAACAGAAGCCACUUGUCCUGCGGAAAUAUCCGGUGGCGGCCCAAAGUGUCCGUGCACACCCUGCCCCAAGCCACCGCCAGAUUACAAGAAUUCAAAGAGGUGGCAGAAGAUUUCGCUAAUGGGUGGACUGCCGCUGAUUGCCAUACUGACGGUCCUUGUGUUCACCUCGCACAAGGAAGAGGAGCGACCAGAGUAUAGGUACUGGUCGCACUUGUAUCUACGUGGAAAGCCGUAUUUCUUCAGGGACGGAAAUACCACAGCAUUCCAUAAUAGUUUCUGGAAUCCCUUGCCGCCAGAUGGAUAUGAGGAUGAGAUCGAUGUUGAGGGCAAUGGCAAGACACCCGAAACGGAUAAGGAAAGGGCAGAUCGCUUGAAGGAGUUCGCUGCCGUGCAGAAGGAAUGGAAAAAGUAUGAUAGCAAGCGUGAGGCUGAAGCCAAAAAGAGGCAGGCUGCUGCUGAAAAGGAGGCCAAGAAGCAGCAGGAACUGGCCGAGAAGGAAGAGAAAAAGCAAAUGGCUGAAGCCGAAAAGGAACAGAAGCGUCUAAACGCCGAAGCCGAAAAGGAGCGCAAGCGACAGGAAGCCGAAGCUGCAAAGGAGAACAAGCGACAGGAGGAGGAAAUGAAAAAACAAGCAAAGGAAGAAGCUAAAAAAGUCGAAUUCACUUUCAAGUGAUCCCAAAAAUUAAUUUCAAAAUUAACCUGUGAUUAAAUUCCUUUUUUAGUA